CAGUAUUAAAUAAUACAAAAUUUGUCAUAUGUGAGACUGGGAAGAUGAGUAAGUUUAAGCCAUAGAUUCUCAAUUGUCUCCGGCAGUCUCACCUCUUUCCUUCUUCUUCUCUUCAAGUAAGCAAACUCCUCAUUUACACUGUUUCAUUUGUGGGUCUCUUGGGAAUGUAAAAUCAAUGAACCCUAUUCACACCCUUACUUACGCUUCUUCUUCUUCUCCUUAUUCUUUUGCCCAUAACUUCCACUUCACUAACCACAACCUUCCGAAGUUCCCUCAGAACUCUUUCUCUACUAAACGACGCCGUUCUCGCAAUUCCCGACGAGACAAAACCACCACCCCCAGCACCUCCGAUGUCAAGCGGUCUUUACUUUCUAAUAAUAAUUAUUAUAAUAGCGGCAAUAAUGAUUUCAACAAUGAUAAUCUCCAAUUAGUCCUCGACGUCAACCAAAUUACGUAUCUAACCUCGUCGACAUUCAAUCGUUUUCUUUCUUUAGGUAAAGACGCGUAUUACGAUUUAAAAACCCUGAUUUCAUUAGAUGAGAACAACCGGAUUGUAUUUACAUGUCGUAAAUCGACUGUUCAAUUCACUGGAGGGGUGUUGCUUUGUGGGGUUGUUUUGGUUUCUGCUUUUAGGGUCUUGAUUAAAUUAGGGUUAGGGUUUAGGAGUUGGUUGUUUAGGGUUAGGAAUAAUCGGAAAAAUAAGGAUGUUGUGGUUCGUAGAGAUAGGAGUCUUGGAGGGAAAGAAGUUGUUGUAGCCAGGAGAGUGGAGGAGGAGAGACCAAAAGAUGUGAAGAGGAAAAGGUUUGGGGUUUUGGAUAAUCCACUUGACAAUCCGAGUUGGGUUUUUGGGUCUGGGUUGGAGAGAGAUGAUUGGAGGAGUUAUAGAGUAAGGAGUGCUUCCAGGUUGCCCAAAUGGUGGUCGGUUUCAGUGGGGCCGGAGCAGGAGGAUAUGGUGGUGGUUGAUAAGCAGGAGUACCAGAGGGAUGCCAACCGAUUAAUUCGAGCAAUCACGGAUUAUAGAACAAGCGGAAAGGAUGUUACAGAGUUUGACAUAAUUCAAUUACGACGAAUCUGCAGGACAUCUGGAGUGCAAGUUUCUUUUGACACAACAAAUACACGGGAUGCUUUCUACCGUGCAUCAGUUGACUAUGUUAUAAAUGUUUGCAGCAGGGAAUCAAGUUACUCCGUGUCCAUUCAGAUUGAUGGUGAAGAUGCUAAGAAGUUUGUUGCUGGGCUUGCGGCAAACAUUGGUCUUGAGAAUGUUCGUGCUGCAAGAAUGGUGUCUGCAGCUGUUGCUGCACGCACUCGUUCGUGUUUCUUACAGGCGUGGGCUCUGGAAGUGCAAGGCAAACAUUCUGAAGCAGCACAAGAACUGUCAAAGAUAUGCGUUGUUCUCCGAACAUUUCCUCCUGAAGCAUCUUCUCCUGAAAUGGAGAUGGUUGCUCGGGGUCUAGGAAAGAACUUGAAAGUGGAGCAGAGGGAGCUUUUAAUGAAUAUGUUUGUUUCGGUUUGUGGUGAAGAGAGUCAUAGAAGUGCAGCAGAUGCUCUUGGUUUGAUGCUUUCACCUAGAGGCGCGGGAGACGAACAGGAGAGCAAGCUAUAGGAAUAUUAAUUGCUUAAAAUACUUUUUCUGGUUUUAUUUGGUGAUUAUACCUGUAUUUCCAAUAGUGUAGGUUGGCUAAUAAUUAAUAUAAUUAGUUUUACUAUACUGAAUAAAUAUUGUUGAACUCUUUUUGAUUGUGGUUCAUAAACAAAUAUUAACGACGUGUACUGUUCUUUUAUACAAGCUUUUCAUGGCAGUACAAUAGAUUAGGGGAUUCCGGAUACUAAUCUUUAUAAAUGACAGAAGCAGGAUGUUUUGUUUGUGAUUAGCUGUUGUAGAUGAGCUUUGCUGCCUGCUAAUUGUAUCUGCCACCUCUUGUAAAAGUCACCAUCUUUUACUAUUUUAAGGAGCAGACAUUCCAUUAUUUUACAAGAAAAAUUGAAAAUCCUGAUGAUUUAUGUGUGUACCAAUUUCUUAACAUAACUGAGUAAGCUAGCUAUUAAAUUUGAACUAAAAAAAAAUUAAAAGAAUUCUUCAAAUAAUAAUUUUAAAGUUCGACUCUCAUAUUUUUAUUUGUAUGUCUUUUAUCUUUUCCUUAAUUUUCAAGGAAACCAACACAAGAGUUGAUAAAAGAAAAGAAAACUAAUUAAAUCACAUCCGAAAACUCAAAGUCUUUUUCUUCCUUUCUUUCUGGUGUAAACAUGGUUAUCUUCCCAGGCUUUUUCUUUUCACGCGGUUCAAAAAUAAUAUAGAAAAGAAUAAGUAAAAGGAAAGGUAAAAGAAGAGAAACUCAUUAAUUCCAAAACUCAGCCUUCUAUUGGCCGAAAUCCGUCACUCUUCUGCAUAUCUCGCAAUCCACGCAUCGCUGCAGGGCUAAAGUUUUGUCUCCUUCCAAGCGGAGCUUUUGAUCUACAGUUCCUGUAACUAUCAAUUCCUUAUAAUUGCAGAUCAUUUUUCAAUCGGAGAAUCAGUGGCUUCCGUUUUCUCCAUAAUAUUUUGUCUAAUAAGGU